UAUGGACUAACGCAAAAAGAUUAUAGGGUUUCUGUUCGGGGCUGUCUAUUUGCUUGAGAAGGUGAGAUAGGCUGCGGCUUGCCUAAGCAAGCAGCCCCGUCGGGGGCCAAGAUAGUGGUCCAUGGAGCUUGUGUGGGUUUUGGAACCAGGUAAGCCAUUGCAGUUGCAGGUCUAGUGUUUCCAUCAGAAGCUGAGAUGUGGGAAACAAAGGGUAAAGUCUAGUGAGAUGGAAAGAUAAAAAUAGUAAUAUCUUACUUAUAUCAAGGUGUACAAACACCUAAUCUUGAUUUUUGAUUUUAAGGUGUAUAAACGCCCAACCAUAAUUUUAAUCAAGAUAACAAAUGGAGGGGAUAAUUGUGACCCACUAAUACUAUAAGACAUGAAGAUAAAAAAGCAGAGGGAAAAUGGCUAAUAAGCCCACUAAUACUAUAAGACGUGAAGAUAGAAAACCACAGAGAAAAAGACCUGGUUAAAAGGAGCGUUGACAUUCAUCCAGAAGUUCAAUUAUUUGUGAACUCCACUCCGCUUCUAUCUUAUAUUUAGGUCGUCUGGUUAUAGCCAAAACAUUUAUCCAAUUAAUAUGUCUUACUCUUGCGUCAUCACUCUGCCGUCCUCUCUUAACGCCAGCAUCUCGGCAGCGCACCGGCCAUGGCAUAGUGGAAAGAACAAGACCAGGCCCCAGGCCAAGAGGAAUGAGCAGCUAUGGCGCUGCGUGGAGGGCUGCGGUGCAUGCUGCAAGCUUGCCAAGGGUCCUUCCUUCGCCACUCCCGAAGAAAUCUUCACGGACCCUUCAGACAUUGAGCUUUACAGAAGCUUAAUGGGCCCAGAUGGAUGGUGUAUACACUAUGACAAAAGCACUCGCAAGUGCUCUAUUUACCCUGAUCGUCCAUAUUUUUGUCGCGUGGAGCCAGAUGUAUUUCUCUCACUCUAUGGCAUUGGCAAGAAGAAAUUUAACAAAGAGGCUUGCAGGUCAACCCAUACUCAUCAUCUCAAUUCCCUACCAUUUCGACAGUUGACACCAUCUUUUCUUGCAGAUCCUGUCGAGACACAAUUAAGGCAAUCUAUGGUUCCCAGUCCAAGGAGUUGGGUAAUUUCAAUCGCUCCUUGAACAACUAGUCGCUACUAAAGUGGCUGUUUGGAUGAUAGCACAAUGGUUCCAAAGUGAAAGAUCACAGAAACACUUGUGCUAUCCAUCUAUGAUAAUAAGGUCUUGGUUUAGAUUUGUGAGGAAGUUCUAUAUUAGGCAAAAAAAAGCCCGCCUACCCAUCUACAGCUCGUCAUGCACAAUUUUGUUCAGUUCUAAAUUAGUCGCAUAGCAGCACCAUACAUCAUGUUCUCUCUCUGUUUUCUUUUCCCUCGCUUCUGCGACAAACAAACGUAAAGCUAAGGAGGGAUGCUGCUGGCCAAAAGCGUCGCAGAAGUGCUCAAUGUACUGAUUUCACGUAUUUAUCCUAAUAUUGUUCAUAGUUUACUAAUUUUCUGUUUUUUUGGACGCACGCUCCCAAUACCUUCACCUUUUGAUACAAUGAUAUAAAUUGAAGAAGGUGAGUUUUCUAAGCA